ACGGCGCAGGCGCCGCCGGAAAGCCGUGCCGAGAAGGCCGGAGACAGCGGACGGGAGCCGAGAAGGGCCAGACCUAUGGCCGGAGGACUGUACCGACUGCGCAUGAGCAGCGACUGCGCCAAAGAUUUCCGGCUUCUCGGGCGGCGCUGGGCGGAGAGAGCGGCCCCGGAAGCGGCUGUUGCCCCGCCCUCCACGUGGAUGCCCCGCCCUGGCCAGAGAUCAUCCAGGUGCGGCCAGGCGAGCCAGACUUGGAGCCCGGGAUGGAGUCCGCCUCGCAGCCCGCUUUGCAGCCCGGCAUGGAACCCGCCUCGGAGCCCGCCUCGAGCCGCUUCGAGGAGGUGCGCGUAUCGGGAUUCGGCGACUUCUGCGGGGCGGUGGAACAGCGCCGGGACAAGACCAUCUUCGUCUACUUCACGGGCGACAAGGACGCCGAGGGCCGCAGCUGGUGCCCGGACUGCGAGGAGGCCGAGCCUGUGGUCCUGGAGGGCCGCAAACACAUCCCCGAGGACGCCGUGUUCAUCUACUGCCAAGUUGGGGACCGGCCCUACUGGAAAGAUCCCAACAAUGACUUCAAGAAGAAGCUGAAAUUAACCGCAGUGCCGACCCUACUCAAGUACGGGACGCCCCAGAAGCUGGUGGAGUCGGAGUGUCUGAACGCCAGUCUGGUGGAGAUGUUGUUCUCCGAAGAUUAGAGAAGCCGGCGGCAGCCCGGAUGUCUGGAUUAUAAAGGAACCUCAUGAUCGAUUGUGUGAUAGUCACAGUAGGGAAAAUAAUGGGAAAAUAAUGUUUAGAGAGCUAAUGAAUGUUCUGCAAAUCACCCUUUAUAAAUGGUGGAAGGGCUUCCUUCUAACAGAUGGUUCUCUUUAUUCCUGCCACGGUGGGAACCAGAGACCCCCUUCUCGGCUCUCCAUCUGCCCCGGGCUCCCCCCAGCCCGA